GAAAAAAAAAAAAGCAAAACAUCCACACACACACAGAGAACCCUGUGAAAUGUAAUUCAGAGAGGAGUCUAAAGCUUUGUGGGCCUUCAGCAUAAGCUGCUUAUGAACUUCACUAUUUUUUAACACUAACUUUAGAUUUUUUUGGGGGGGGGACAUAAUGCCAGCCACGAGUGAAAUCUGCACAAGCGGAGACAAAAGCACAGCAGAGGAGCAGAAGACCCUGCAGGACUCAGCUCUGUUCUCUCUGUUCUGUGAUGAACUCGGAUAUUUGAAUCAGAUCAGAUACAUUUUGCAGAAUGGAGUGAGAAAGGGAGACCGCACCGGGACAGGAGUCAUCUCUGUGUUCGGGUUACAGGCCAGGUACAGCCUCCGAGAUCAGUUUCCUUUGCUGACGACUAAACGCGUUUUCUGGAAGGGGAUCUUGGAGGAGUUACUGUGGUUCAUAAAGGGCUCAACAAAUGCCAAAGAGCUUUCAGAGAAAGGUGUGAAGAUUUGGGAUGCCAACGGCUCACGGGAGUUUCUUGAUAAGAAUGGAUUCACGGAGCGUGAGGAAGGGGACUUGGGCCCUGUGUACGGUUUCCAGUGGAGACACUUUGGAGCAGAAUACAAAGACAUGCAUACUGAUUAUUCUGGCCAAGGUGUUGACCAGUUGCAGAAAGUCAUCGAUACAAUCAAAUCCAAUCCUGAGGACAGGAGGAUCAUCAUGUGUGCCUGGAAUCCUAAAGAUCUGCCCUUGAUGGCGCUUCCACCCUGCCAUGCGCUGUGCCAGUUCUAUGUCUCUGAUGGUGAGCUGUCAUGUCAGUUAUAUCAGCGUUCAGGAGACAUCGGCCUGGGUGUCCCCUUCAACAUCGCUAGCUAUGCCCUACUCACAUACAUGAUUGCCCAUAUCACAGGGCUCAAGCCUGGUGAUUUUGUACAUACUCUUGGUGAUGCCCACAUCUACCUCAAUCACAUUGAGCCUCUAAAAGUGCAGCUUCAAAGGGAGCCACGACCUUUUCCUAAACUGAAGAUCCUUCGCAACGUGGAACGCAUUGAUGAUUUUCGAGCUGAGGAUUUUGAUUUAUGCAACUAUGAGCCACACUCCGCAAUCAAGAUGCAGAUGGCAGUUUAAACAACAUAACCUCUUGGUAAAUGUAAACAGGCAUCCUUCUGUAACAGUCUCAUUUAGGAUUACAUACUGUCCAUUAUAUUGUUAGUCAGUGAUUUUGCAAGAAAUGUAAAUAUUCAGGUAAAAUACUUGGUUGGCUUCGUUUCAAUCUAAAUUAACACUCCACAUGUAACUAUUUCAGUAGCAUACAAUUAACAAUAAGUUCACUAUACUUGAAUAUGCAGUGUGGUUAAUGUAAAGCUUAGCUUAAAGUAUAAUAUGCAGACUAAGCAGGAUGAGAGUACAGUUUAAUUGUGAAAUUCAUAAAUGGCACAGGUUAAAGUGCAAUGUUUUUCUAAUUAGUUAUUUUAAUGCCCUUUUAUUACUAACCUUCAGACAACUUACAGAUAAAAGUAUCAAUGUUUCUAUCAAAAACUAUUAACUUUCACAGUAUUUAGUACUUUUUGAAAUCAUUUUUGUUCAUUGUAAGAAAAG